AUGGGGCACUUCCAAUUCCACAAGCUGGUGCUGUUGAAGAGAGGCAAAUGCGUCAACCCGAACCCCGACGUCGACGUAUGCGAGAAAUACACGAGCCAGUUCCUGACCACGGGUGUGCCGUUGAUUAUUAGCCUAUGCCUCUUCAUCAUCCUCGCCAUCAUCCUCUUCAUCAUCGUCCGCCGCAAGCGCCGCCAACGCCACGCCCAAGAGGCGGAGAAGAACCGCCAGAUCGACGACGACAGCAACGACCUCGAGCUCGUCGUCAACAGCACGUCGUACCCAAGGGAUCAGGCGUAUAAACAUUUCGAGGCCAACGGCGGCCGCGGCCAACAACGGUACGGACAGGCGCAAGGGCAAGGGCAAGCGCCAGGAAUGGGAGUGGAGAACCCGUUCGAGACGGAUGUCGAAAGAAGGACUGGUCAAGACGUGGCGUCGGGGAGACGAUAA